AUUCAGAGUUCAGUGGAUUGGUAACUAUCUUUGCAGGUUAUUGCAUAGCAACAGCAGGACCGAACGUACUCGCGUUACACCAGUCCCAAUCAGCUGGAAACAUGAACACCAGCCUUCUAAGGCUUCCCUUCCUAUUAUCAGCAACCUAUGGUGUCCACAAAUCAAUGACACCGCCUCAUCUAGCGCCUGCAGAAGAGCAACUUCCCAUCAAAGGCUUCGAUGUUGAACGAGCAGCACCUGCCUUUGCGAUCUUCGCCAAGGCAACAUUCUACUUCCUCUGUGCAACCGAAACGGCCGCGAUCCUCUCAACCAAUGAUCUUUUACCCACACAAUACAUCCCCCUACACCUCCUUCCAUCCUUAAACCACACCAUUCAGCUCACGAAACCCUACCUCUUCUUCUGGAUAUGCACGAUCCUCGGGUCAUCUCUACGCGUGUACUGCUACCGCAUAAUGUCCUCGUUCUUCACGUUCGAGUUGAGCAUCCGGAAGGACCAUAAGCUCAUCACUCAUGGACCUUACUCUAUCGUCCGUCACCCGAGCUACGUCGGGGCAAUGCUAUGUGGUAUAGGCGCUGUAGGCUCUCAUCUGAGCAGAGGAUCGUGGUUAUCAAACUGGAUCAAUACUACGCCGAUCGGAUGGUUGUCAGCUUGGGCUUUCACAAUGGCAUUAGUCCGUAUUGCCUUGGUUCCAAGGAUGAACAAAGAGGAUAAUAUGCUCAAGGAUGCUUUCGGAAAGGAGUGGGAAAAUUGGACAUGGAGGGUACCAUAUAGGCUUAUUCCGUGGGUGUAUUAGCGCCAACUGUGAUCAUAACCACAAGUCAUAGUGUAUUGAGAUAAAAUUUUCAUUUGAACAGUGGGUUGUGCUAUGAUUCCAAGACAGUGAUGGCACUGCAGUUUUCCAGGGGCUGAAAAACAGGCGUCUUAUUUGCGGAUCGCUUA